ACCCGACUGCCAUGCAAGGGGGUGAAGAAGGUCAACUUUUGAACCCUCGAGCGUGGAACAGAUACGGAUAGAUGAUGGCUAUCGGAUGAUGGCAUCGAAUAUGAAUAAGUGUAUCCCUUUUAAUGCUCCCUUGUGUAUCUGUAUCCGUAGCCUCCAAAGACCCUUGUUCAGCCGAGCGCCGCUCCCAAGCGCCAGCUUGACACCAGCUGGACCAGGUUCUCUCUGCCCGUUCAGCUUCUCUCAUCCCUAUCUCGCCCGUUGGGCGUUUUACGUGAUUCACAAAAGGCCAAAGAAGAACCCACUUACGCAGAACGCACGACACACCGCUGAUCGUCGAAGAGGGACAUCCGACGGGAGGACCUACAACAGUGAGUACCCAUCAUGCAGAGACGCAAGGAAAGGGCGGCGGCAGCAGCCCCAUGUCUCUCUCUUUUGGGGGUAGCUGGGGUUGCUGGGAAAGCGGGCGCGCGGCGCGUGGCUUGUCGAUCGUGGUGGUGUCAGUGGUUGAUGCCUUUGGUGGUGGUAGGUCCCGGAAGGCGAUUCCGUGGGAGCCGGUGGACGCUGUAUAUUUGCUUUUUCAAGUUGUUGUUCGUCAAGGACUGCUGUGUAGGGUUUAGCUAUGACUUGGGAG